CCUGGUGCAUCUCUCGUGUAGUGUUUGACAUGCACUGAGUGCUACCAGUUUCCUACUUGCUUGCAGUUGCACCACAAAGGCAGGCUUAUCUGGCGCAUCUUCCAUCAGAAAGUUCUCAAUUAUCGUUUAUUGCAUCGUAAUAACGAAAAAGGUGUUCUUCAAGAUGUUACGCUCGUUUGUGGCGGAAAUACCAGUUCUGUUUCGGAAGGCACCAUUGAAAAGUGCGAAAAAUUAUGCAACGGAGGCGAAAUUCGAAACCAAGCCUUUCAAACUACACAACCUAAAAACUGGACCAGCUACUCAAAAGACUGUUACUAGGGAUGAAGCUCUUGCGUACUACUCUGCCAUGCAAAAAAUCCGAAGGCUGGAAACCUCGGCCGGUAAUUUGUACAAGGAGAAGAUUGUCCGCGGCUUCUGUCACCUGUAUUCGGGACAGGAAGCAUGUGCUGUGGGAAUGAAUGCGGCAAUGCGACCCCAGGAUAACAUCAUUUCCGCCUAUCGCGUUCACGGUUGGACGCAUCUGAUGGGGGUGGACGUCAAAGGAGUACUGUCGGAGCUUACCGGGAAACAGGGUGGGUGUGCCCGCGGAAAAGGUGGUUCCAUGCAUAUGUAUGCUCCCAACUUCUACGGCGGAAAUGGUAUCGUUGGUGCCCAGGUUCCACUUGGCGCCGGUGUUGCGUUGGCUUGCAAGUACAAAGGUAACAAUGGCGUUUGUCUGUCGUUGUACGGAGAUGGCGCUUCCAAUCAAGGGCAGGUGUUCGAAGCUUACAACAUGGCGUAUCUGUGGAAUCUCCCUUGCAUUUUUGUAUGCGAAAAUAAUGGAUAUGGAAUGGGUACCAGCGCCGAUCGUUCAUCAUGCAACACUAAUUACUAUCAACGAGGAGACGUUCUGCCGGGACUUUGGGUAGAUGGUAUGGAUGUUGUUGCAGUCAAGUUGGCUACUGACUUUGCUAUUGACUAUGUUCUUAAAAAUGGACCAUUGGUUAUGGAAGUAUACACCUAUAGAUACUCUGGCCACUCAAUGUCAGAUCCCGGAACAAGCUACAGAACACGUGAUGAAGUCCAAGAAGUUCGACAAACCAGAGAUCCCAUCUCCUCUUUUAAGGAUAAGAUAAUCAAUGCAGGGCUGGUAACUGCUGAUGAACUCAAGAAAAUCGAUGCAGACAUCAAAAAGGAGGUCGAUGAGGCAACUGCUGCGGCUAAAGCAGAUACAGAAAUAGGUUUGCCAGAACUGAGUACCGAUGUUUACUCGAAUAAUUUGGAAGGAUAUAUCAGAGGAGCGAACCCCAGCUCUUGGUUGAAACAUAGCACACUGAACAAGGCUGUUAAUAUGUAAUCCAGCGUGCCAUGACUAAAUAGAAAUUAAUUAUUUAAAAAUUUGAUUUGGAGCUGAUACACAAAAAUCCGACCAAUAAGAAAUGUCUGUUCUUUUGGAUCGUAAUAUUUAGAAACGAUAGAGAUUGACAGAAUUUCUCAGAAGCUUAAAUAAAAAAGAUUUUACAAAAAAAAA